AUGUCCGAGUCAAGCCCGUUGAUCGGCCAGGAAGCCGACGAUGCCCGCAAUCUACGGGACCGCUUGGCAGAUAUCUUCCGCCCAAGACCCCUUCCAGGUACCGAGCCUGAUGAGGGAGGGGCACAGAAUGCACAAGGAUUGGGGAUUACAAGCGAACCGGAUGUGAGAACCCGUCUCCUCGAGUCGUACGACCGUUCGAACCCUGCUUGCGGUGAGAGACGGUGCAGCCAUGGUACAUUCUCUCCGCAUGUCGAAACCGCCGAGCGGCACGCAUACUUGGGAUCAUCACAUAGCCGCAUCGCAGGAAAUGGGACGAAUGAGGCCGGCGCAGCGUCAGGUGCCUUCCCUGGAGAUGGCAAUUCGGAUUCUCGCCAAGAUUCGGAAUACACUUCGCAAAUGAAAUCGUCUUUCUCGGCUCUAUCUAUGAAUGACUCUAAGAAACUCUACAUAUCAUAUUAUAUUCCUUUCUUCAAUUGGAUUUUACAGUACCAAUGGUCUUUCGUGCGUGGAGAUCUCAUUGCGGCAUUGACUAUCUCGUCUGUCUACAUUCCAAUGGCCCUAUCCUUGGCUUCCAAUCUUGCCCAUGCGCCCCCAGUCAACGGUCUUUACGCCUUUGUGAUACAUCCUUUCAUCUAUGCAAUCCUGGGAAGCUGCCCGCUCUUGGUUCUUGGUCCGGAGGCAGCGGGGUCUCUGCUCACGGGUGCAAUUGUAAAGGCUAGUAUCUUACCCACCGAUUCCCCGGAAGAUAUCACCGUGAAGAGUGCUAUGGUAGUAGGAAUUGCAACCGCGAUGACCGGCGCCAUGAUCCUCCUUGCCGGAUUAACUCGAUUGGGAUUCUUGGAUAAUAUGCUCAGUCGGCCUUUUCUGAGAGGCUUCAUUACAGCUAUUGGCUUCGUGAUUUUUGUGGAUCAACUAGUCUCGGAGCUGGGUCUCUCAGAGAGGGCGGCCGAGACAGGUGCUAGCCAUGGCACCACAGUUGAAAAACUGUCAUUCAUCUUGCGUAAUACUGGAUACAUUCAUUUUUUGACAGCUAUGGUUUCACUUGUCAGCUUCUCGACCAUUAUGUCAUUCAGAACGCUGAAAAAGUACUUGAUUCCCCGCUAUCCUCAAGUUGUUUACUUUCCCGACCGUUGCUUGGUCGUCAUACUGUCCGCAAUUCUGGCCGCAAAUCUCAAUUGGGAAGACAAAGGCCUCGAACUAAUGGGACACACUGAGAUCAGUGUCAACGGCCUAUUCGCCUUCCAAUGGCCAUUUCAGAUGAAAUACAUGGAACAUAUCCGGACCGCCAUGAGCAAGGCCUUCAUUAUAACACUGCUUGGAUUUUUUGAAUCUUCAAUAGCAGCGAAGGGCCUGGCUGAGGUCAAGACAGAUGGCAUUAAGGGUAUGAACAUUAGUGCCAAUCGCGAAAUGGUAGCGCUGGGUGUGGCAAACCUCGUGGGUGGUUGCUUUCAGACACUUCCCGCAUUUGGCGGGUAUGGACGCAGUAAGCUCAAUGCUCAAACUGGUGCUCGAUCUCCGAUGAGCAGCAUAUUCAUCAGUAUUAUCACUCUGAUCGGUAUCUUGGUGCUUCUGCCUUACCUUUACUAUCUCCCGAAAGCUGUCCUUGGCUCUAUGAUUUCAGUUGUGGCAUUUUCACUGGUUGAAGAAUGUCCCCAUGAUCUGAUUUUCUUUUUCCACCUCCGCGGAUGGACAGAGCUCAUGCUGAUGUUCCUCAUUUUUGUUUCAACCAUCUUCUACUCCCUUGAGCUGGGUAUGGCUAUUGGCAUUGGCGUUUCUGUCAUUAUCCUUAUCCGUCAUGCCACUCAACCUCGUAUUCAAAUUCUCGGCAAAGUCCCCGGUACCUCUCGCUUUGAGAACGCCGAACUUCGCCCUGAAAACGUCGAGAUCGUCGAGGGUGCCUUGAUCGUUAAGAUCCCAGAGCCCCUGACCUUCGCCAAUACCGGCGAUCUAAAGAACCGUCUUCGUCGACUGGAGCUCUAUGGAACUAGUCGAGCCCACCCGUCUCUUCCUCGUAUGCGCCCCGCUGAGUAUAACAAGAACAUCAUCUUCGACGUUCAUGGCGUCACCAGCAUUGAUGGCUCAGGUACGCAGGUCAUGCAUGAGAUCGUCAGGGCAUAUACAGAGGAGGAAACAAGAGUUUUCUUCUGCCGAGUCGCAAACGAGAACGUGUUUCGCAUGUUUGAACGAAGUGGCAUUGUUGAAGAGUGCGGUGGCAUGUUGCACUUUGUGCCUAGCGUCGACGAGGCUCUCCGUCUAGCAGAAUCAGAAGAACGCUGGGACGGAAACUAA